AUGGACUUCUGUUUUCAAUUUUCUAAUUUUGAAAUAUUUCAGGCUUUACAGCUAGUAAAGGCAAUCUCGGUGUUACUCCAUUUCUCCGUGGAAGAACAGAAACUGGUUCAACAGACACUGGAUUGGAAGAUGUCUUGGUUCGGGUCAAAACCAUCGGCAGGGAAGGGACAACUCUCAAAAAUCAUUCCUCCCUCCUACUGA